UCCUCUGUCAGGAAGUCUGGAAUUUCUGCAGGAAAAUGAGAGCAGUAAUGGAGACUGAGGAACUGUUACGUUAGGACAAAUACUAACAGCAGACCACUGAAAAGAGAGGAAAAUAGGAAAAUUUAAAAACUUCCUAGCAAGCCAGGGGGGUAGGACAGUCAAAUAUAUGUACCUUUCUACCCGAAGAGCUCUACGACAGCACACACCUCACACCUGAGCUCCAGGAGAUGGGUAUUUUUACAGCAGCCAUUCCUCAAUGUUUGGAUCCUGGGGUCAAGCCCCUUAUUUUCUUGCAGAUCACCACAAUGGACAAAGGAGUGAACAAACACAGGCAUAUCACUGCGUUUUAUCACUUCAAAGGUUACAUGUGGAUCACAGUCUGGAACUGCUGUUUUACAGGAAGGGAGGCCAGAAGUCCUUACAGGGAGAAGAGAGGAUGGCUAGGGUUUCAUGCUCCUUUGCUCUGCAGCAGAGCAGGCAGCACCUAGAAAACAACCAAACUCCAUUUGGGGAUACCCAGCACACUGCUCUACUGGGAAACUCAACUUCCUGACUUAUUCCCAUUCAUUCCCUCCAAUGAAGGGGGAAGAAGUACAGCCAUCCGAGCAGGACAGGCUUAAGUGAAUAUGGCUGUGAUAGGCUGGAUUAGAUGAUUUUAAAUGUAUUUUCCAGUCGUAAUGAUUCUGUAAGUGCUUUCAGACACGAAGUCCUGCUCUCUAAACUGCAGCCCUGCAGGGUGUGUGCUGAGGACAUAUCACAUCCCAGCUGCAGCAGCAAUCCUCAAAGACGGAAAGAAAAAAUAAAAGUUAAUUACUUCCACGACCUUAAAUCAACCCUAUCAGCUCCGACUGUCAGUAAGCAGUUGGCCUCUUAAGUGCAUACCAGAACUGGCCCUGUAGAAAACGCAAUGCUCCUGGGAAGCCCUGGGGAUACAAUGCAGCUGUAUCCCUCUGAGGACACAAUUUCUGCCACCAGCAGAACAAUGUCCUUGUAACAGAGGGGGCUUUGGGGCCAGAGCUUCCGCUGUCCCGAGCGUCACGGCCUCACACCAGGUCAGAGCCAACCAUACCCACUGGCAAGCAACAGUCUCAGGAUCUCCAGUUCCUCAAACCGGGCUCAAAUAAUGACAGCUUCUGGAAUCUUAAUUACGUGCUGGAGGAAGGACAAUCCCUCUCUUCAGUGGUGGUAAUGGGAUUUUGUAACGAGGUAGAAAUUGCAUUAGCAGGAAGUGCUUUCUGCCAGGCAGGUUGCAAGGUGAGGGGCUUUCCAGCUAAGAGCUGGCAAUCCGCAGUGCAAACAGCCUUCCUUCCCAGCUGCAAAUUGGUUCCUGUGCCCACUGCUCUCCCAAACAGUUAACUUUGGCUGUGAGACCAUCCUAUCUCUCAUCCCGCUCAACAAUGGGUCCAGCUAAACAAAUGCCUCCUAAUUGACUUUGAGCAACACUUGAUUGCUUUCAGAAGAAAAAAAAAACAAAAGAGAGGAAAACAUUGGGGUUUAUGAAAUAAUGACUAAUCCUGGAGCAAGAGAAAGGGGUUGGGUUGGAGAGCUGGUGUCAAACAGAGAGCCCCAAGACACAGGGCCAAGGCAUUCACCCCCUCCCCAGCUGCCCUCAUUUCCACACCUGCUGAUCUAAGCCAAACCCCUGCUAAAAUCCAAACAAUCGGGGCCGCUGGCAAACGAAAAUUGGAGCAUUGUCUUCCCCAAGAGGGCUCUGAAAGGGCCGCACUUAAUGAGGAUGGAUUGCCACGGAGGUGGCUCGCAGGCUAUAAAAGGCGUUCUGCGGGCUGGAGCAGCUCAGUCCGGGUGUGCUGCAAGCUCACUCCGAGCACCAUGAGGGCUGUGAGCACAGAGAAGGCGUCCCGCAGGCGGGGAGCCCCGUGGCUGCCAGGCCUGCUGCUGCGCCUGCUGCUGUGGGGCUGCCCGGGGGGGCGGGCCAGCUACCUGCGCAGGUCCUCCAGCUGCACCGCCAUCCCGCGCAGCAUGGCCCUGUGCUACGACAUCGGAUACUCGGAGAUGAGGAUCCCCAACCUGCUGGAGCACGAGACCAUGCCGGAGGUGAUCCAGCAGUCCUCCAGCUGGCUGCCCUUGCUGGCCAGGGAGUGCCAUCCCGACGCCAGGAUUUUCCUCUGCUCCCUCUUUGCGCCCAUCUGCUUGGACAGGCUCAUCUACCCGUGCCGCAGCCUGUGCGAGGCCGUCAAGAGGAGCUGUGCACCCGUCAUGGCUUGUUAUGGCUAUCCCUGGCCCGAAAUCCUCAACUGCAACAAGUUCCCUGCAGACCACGAGCUGUGCAUCGCUGCCGUCUCCACGGAUGAAAGUUCCUCCAGCAGGAGAACAGUGCCUCGAGCCAGCUGCAAGGACUGCGAGCUGGAAGAGGCCAGCACUGCCAGGGAGAUCCUGGACAGCCUCUGUGCCAAUGAUUUCACAGUGAAAAUCCGAAUCCUCAGGAAGAACACGACCACAACCGUCUCCGACUUCGACCUGGACCCCUCCAGGGUGGAGGUGCUGAAGCACGGCCCGCUCCUCAGAACUGAAAUCCCAGGCAGGCUGCAGCAGUGGCUGGACAUCGAUGCUACCUGCGCCCACAACAUCAUGAGAGGCACUCACGCGGGGGUCUUUGUCAUCAGCGGAGAAGUGCAGAGCGACAAAGUGGUGGUGAACAAGGCCUACGCUUGGCAGAAGAAGAACAGGAACCUGCACCAGGCCGUGCGGAGAUGGAAACAUCACCGCUGCCCCGAGCAGGCCGGCAGGAAGGUCUGAGAUCUCGAUCCUAAUGCUAAGAAAUGGCUCCCUUCCCUACGGCUAGGAAACUCCUUCCCUGGGCAGUUGGUGUUUUGGAGAUGUACAUUCAGUAUUUUUAGGCGAAUCAAAGCAGUCAUAGUCAGCAGGUAGGGCCUCACUACAGAUCCCUGAGAUCACUAAUACCCUUUUCCCGAGACAGAGCUUAGGGAUGCAGACUUAACAUAUUCCUAUGGCAAGUUCCUGCAAAUCCAGGACUUACAGCGGAUGGCUUUGCGCAGCAUCAGUGACUUGAAGUCCACAGGCGAGCAGACUAGAAGAGACCUUUAAAAACAUGGGCUUCUGCACAGGUGAAAGGAAACGACCCCUCUUGAGCACCCAGCAGACAGCUGAGGAUUUCUGCAUAACUGGGAAUGACCACUUUUUGACUUAAAGCAUGCAGUUUGGAUCAGAAUUUUCUGGUAACUGUGAAGCUACUGAAGAUACCCCCAGAGCCUUGAGAGAGGUGGCAACAACACUGGGAAUCAUGCUCACCAGUGGAUGUAGCCACAGCUCUACGUGAACAGAAAGCAGAAAACUGCAAAUCCCCAAGUGAGAAAACGAGUUGGAUUUCUACUGUCUAACAAAGCACUGUCCAUGGAAAGUUUUCUACACUGGAUUAAACUUGAGAAUGAAAUAAAAAUGACAGAAAAAAUAAAAAAACACACAGCUUUGGAGAUAAAUACGUUCUUCCCUGUGCUCAAAGCCUGCAGCCUCAGUUGUGGAGAGAACCGCCAGCUUUGAUGGAGACACAUUGCCUCCCUGUGCUCGUAAAGCACACCAACAACCCAGCCAAGACUGUCUCUUCAGAUUUAAUAUGGGCUGAGAUUAGCACUCACAUUGCAAUUCAGCUGCGCUCUGACAUUUGUGUAGCAAUUACUUCUAUUUCCCUGAGGCUCAGAAGAAAAACACAGAGAGAUUUCCUAUUUUUAUUCCUCCCUGCUGCCUCGUCUCGCAAACUGCCGCCCGACCCGCAGGGCCUGCUGCCAGGUGGUCCCUGUGAUGGCAGCAUCUCUGAACAGACUGCGUUUUGAAAACACAACAAGUAAAAGCUCUGAAAGUUG